ACACGAGCCCAUAGUAAAGUACAGGCUUGGAAAGAGGAAGACCAGAGAACUUUUGUCUUCCUCAGAGUUUAAUGAAGUUGGCCUGGUCAGUCAAGAGAGGAUUAAAGGAGAGUUUAGUGUCACUGAGCUGUGACUGUUUGUAGAGGGGAAGUGGAGUGUUUGGGUCACAGUGCCAGAGCAGGAUGGUCUCAGUUCAGAGCUGGACCAGAAGGAACAUGGCUAGUCUCGCUCCUGCUUUAACGGGCUUUGGGAGGUCGGGGAAGAGCUUUCUUAUAGACAAUCUGAUUAAAUCUCACUGUUCUUCUUCAGUGCAGCCAAAAACAUGCAGACACCUGGGACAAGCAGCUUGUGACGGUCCGAGGAGAACCUGGGGCCAGGAGCUCGAAGCCCACCAGAACCUGAGUCAAAGUUCACAGCAGGGUAAAAUCUUAACUGGACCCAUUCUGCAACACUCAGGCAUGCUGAGCGGUGGUGUGUUCCUGCAGAGCUCCCAGUAUUUGCUGGCGUGCUGUGGUGGGUCCAGCCCCCCUCCUGUCUUCAGUCAAGAUCUGGUUCCAAAACCGCCGCAUGAAGUGGAGAAACCGCAAGGAGAAGGAGGUUCAUAGCAUUCGCUCCCCGAUGAACGAGCUCAUGGCCAGAGGUCUGGAGGAGGAACAGCCGCCACACGACGACACAAAUGCUACAGCAGAGAGAUCACUGGCACAGAGUACCACCAGGGACACAAAGCCAUAAUGAGCUGAUAUGAACCAAGAGACAUUCUGCAAAAUUGUCAUCAAAGACUUUAGUUCUGGAAAUGAUGGAAUAAAUACAUGGCACAGACUAACACUGAAAAUAUACUAGAGUCUUUUAAUUCAUUGGUGAGUUAUUUUAUUGGGUUACUCACUUCAGUAAGCAACCUCAUGGUCGUGCAUUGCCAAGACUUUCCAAGAAAGAUUUUGAAUUAAAAUUAUAGUCACUUAAAGGUCAAAUAUGAGUCACUUCUUUACUAUUUGCAUGUUACGUUUUUGUACAUAGUACAAUCUAGUAAGCUUUACACUAAUACUAUUAUCUUCGAAGUUUUUCCAGUUAUUUUCAAAAGUCAUAAGUAUUUUACUCAAUAAAGUGUUUUGCUUAUU